CAGCCGUGAAGCCAGUUAACUAAACUAACUGACUGGCGACUUGGCCAAGAUCAACUCCGAUACCUGUCAAGGUUGCCGUCCAUUUCCAACAAUUUUGAUGGGCUCGAGCGAUAUUAGUGACUGCCUUACGUUUUAGACGGUUGAAUUUUCCUUCAUUUCAUAUCCUUCCCUCUUCUAUUUGAAAAUACCUCGGUGCCGGUCAUUUGUGUUAUAAUUCCGCCUCUUAAAGACAGAUUUCUACGCCUUAUUGACCGUCUUGAGCGUCCCAGGGUCUUGAAAUCCUGCCUCGAUUACCUACGCCUCUACCCGAAUCCUUAAAAGGUCGGUCGCACAGAUCUGAUCACACCUCUUAUCGCAAAGGCACACGCGCACACAUACAUGUCUCCAGUCCACAAAUAGCGAAAACACAAGGCUUGACCUGCCACCCCAGUUCAAGAUGGCGCGUGCUAUGGGGCCGGUGCGCAUGAAGAAAGCGAAUCCUGUCACGCUCGCGAUAGGGGCUUUUCUCUGCAUAUUUAUCAUCUACUUCCUCGCCGUUCCGUCGGGCAGUUCCAGCAAUAUCCUCACGAAGAAGAAGGCUCAACCAGCCUCGCAUCCUCUCUCCCCACCGACGUCUCCCUUCCGCAAGGAGUCUACCUCUGCUGAUGGUCGAAGAACCCCGCCGCCCGUCACGCGUUACAACCUGAACAAUGUCACGACCACUCCGAACCCAAUUGAGAACCGCGAAGACGUCUUGAUACUUACCCCGAUGGCCCGCUUCUACCAGGGCUACUGGGAUAACCUGCUCGCGCUCAACUACCCGCACGAACUGAUCAACCUGGCCUUUAUCCUACCCAAGAACAAGGAGGGCAAUGCCGCCACCAGCGCUCUCCAGGCCCAGGUAACCAAGACACAGCGGGGCUCCAAGAAGUUCAAGAGCGUCACCAUCUUGCGUCAGGACUUUGAUCCUCCCCUGCAGUCGCAGGACGAGGCCGAGCGCCAUAAGAUGCAGAACCAAAAGCCGCGUAGGGCAGCCAUGGCCAAGGCUCGCAACUCAUUGUUGUUCACGACGUUGGGUCCUUCCAUAUCCUGGGUCCUGUGGCUAGACGGGGACGUAAUCGAGACGCCGCCUACGUUGAUCCAGGAUCUCGCAAAGCACGACAAGGCCGUGAUCGCGCCAAACUGCUUCCAGCGUUAUAUCGACGAGAAGACUGGGAAGAGCGCUGAGAGGCCAUACGAUUACAACAACUGGCAAGACAGCAGCAUAGCCCAGGAAUUGGGCGCCAAGAUGGGACCCGACGACAUCUUGCUCGAGGGAUACGCGGAGAUGGCCACCUACCGGGCCCUGAUGGCCUACAUGACGACCGACAGCAAUGACGUGGACUACGAAAUUCCCCUCGAUGGCGUUGGCGGUACCGCUCUCCUUGUCAAGGCCGAUGUCCACCGCGACGGGGCCAUGUUCCCACCGUUUGCCUUUUACCACCUCAUUGAGACUGAGGGUUUUGCCAAAAUGGCAAAGAGGUUAGGCUUUCAACCAACAGGUUUACCGAAUUACAAGGUCUACCACUACAACGAAUGAACGCGUUGACGAGCUUUUCAGCAAGAUCAUAGUCAUGUUUGGGUGCCAUGCUUCUCAAAUAUAUACGCCAUAUUUCUUUGUUGCUGUGCCCAAUUUUUUGGUGGCCGAUGUAUGAAUACAACUGGGACUAAUAUGUGACGGGCAGCCCAUGUCAGCCUUGUCCCAACACUUUCGACUGGUACGGUGGAAAGCAUGAAUUGUUGGUAGUAUCAGAGGAAUCAGAAGAGUAGAGAAGCUUCUACUCAAGAGCAGCCUGUUGAUGUGGGCGAACCAACUCAACUGCAGUUGGCCACUUGGGAGGUCCGUUUGUUCGCCUGCAUCGGCCAUUUUAUACCCCUGUACACAUCGCGGCAAGUUUCUCGUUGAUUGGGGCAGCAAAGAAUGUCACUUGGCGAGGUUUAUUCGAAAGAGAAUAUGGGAUAGCAUAUGGUUGGGACUGAUCAUGCAAGUCCCAACAACGGCGAAUGGCGUUGUUUUUUUUUCUUGAUGUUCAUACAAUGUAUUACAUUUUGUUGUUCAUGUUAGAC